AUGCAGGUACCCCUGUUUCGCCUCCAGUGCGGCUGUAACAGCUACGACUGGGGCAAGAAUGGACAGGACUCUGCCGCCGCGAGAUACGCUGCUGCAACGCCCUCAGACAGCUUCUCAGUGCAGGAUGACAAGCCCUACGCUGAGCUAUGGAUGGGCACUCACCCAUCAUUGCCUUCCAAGGAUCUCAAUACCGGCCGGUCACUGCUUGACCUUGUUGCAGAUAACCAGGCAUUGAUGGGAAGCGAUAUAACCGGGAAGUACAAUAAGAAACUGCCCUUCCUCUUCAAGGUCCUAUCAAUCAACAAAGCCUUGUCCAUCCAGGCUCAUCCCAAUAAGAAACUCGCCGAGGAGCUUCAUGCCAAGGAUCCUAAGAAUUACCCGGAUGAUAACCACAAGCCUGAGAUGACCCUGGCCAUCACUCCCUUCGAAGGUCUCUGCGGCUUCCGGCCUCUCAAGGAAAUCGCUCAUUUCCUCUCCACCAUCCCGUCUCUCCGCGAAUUGGUCGGCGAAGAGGAAGCCAAAGCUCUCGAAGAGAUCGCUAACACGUCAUCGCCAUCUGAAGCCGACGCCAAAUCUCGCUUGAGAUCGGCAUUCAGCUCGCUCAUGAAAUCCUCCAAGGAAAAAGUCGCUGAGAAGUCACACGCCCUCCUGGAUCUGGCGAAGCAAGGUUCCAUCUCCCCCGGACCCAGCGUGAACACUUCCGAGGAACUCUGCGAACUCGUCCAACGCUGUAACAGCCAGUUCCCGGAAGACAUCGGCCUCUUCGUGCUCUUUUUCUUGAACUUGGUCAAAUUGCAGCCCGGACAAGCCAUGUACCUGAAAGCGGAUGACAUUCAUGCAUACGUUUCCGGCGAUAUCAUCGAAUGUAUGGCCAGCAGCGACAACGUCAUACGCGCGGGCUUCACGCCCAAAUUCCAGGACGUGAACACACUGACGGAUAUUUUGACAUAUGACCACAACCCCCCGGAGCAACAACUCCUCCAGCCGGUUGAUUAUCCGUAUGUCACGCUAAACGACAAGGCAUACAGCUCGAACAGUGAAUCUUUACUCUAUGACCCACCUAUCGAAGAAUUCAGCGUGGUGCGCACUGUGCUCAAGAAAGAAGGCGCCAAGGCUACGUUCGAAGGUCUCGCUGGACCGAGCAUCAUCAUCUGCACGAGCGGAGAAGGCACCAUCAGCGUGGGACCCAAAAAGGAAGACUUCAAGGAAGGCUGGGUGUAUUUCGUUGGUGCGACGGCCGAGUUGGUGGUAGAGAGCAGUGCGCAGGAAAUGGUUACAUUCAGAGCUUUCUGCGAGAUUGGCGACACGGCGAAGCACAAUGGGGCGCAUUGA